AUGUCGAGGCCCCUUCACCGAGGCUCUUCCGGCGGCGGCGCGCGGCUGAGCAUCGGAGGCACCCGGGACUACCUGGAUUACAGGGAGCCGUUGGAUUCCAAUUCCGAAACCAAGGAUUUCGAGAAUGGCUGUUCUGCGGCGGCGGUCGCAGCACCCUCCAGAAGUAGGCAGGGAGUGAGCGUCGUGCUGUUUAAUCUCGGCUUAACGCUGAUCGUGAUGCUCGCCAUCUUGGUCUCCCUCUACUGGACGAUCUCCAUCUCUAUGUCCUCCCGUGUGGGCAUCUACAAGGGCUACCGGAGGCUCCAGGAGCAGCUUGUUUUAGAUCUGUCACAGAUCGGGGAGCUCUCUCUCAGCACUGCGAAGCCUAAGGAGCUAGAAUUCUGCCCGCCCGAGUACGAGAAUCAUGUCCCUUGCUACAAUUCAUCCUCCUAUAUGGAUUCAGAAGAUUCCUACGUCGGUCGGUCUCGACAGGACCGCCAAUGCGUUAGGGAAUCCGCCGCCACCCUGGAGUCCAUUUGCCUGGUGCCACCUCCGAGGAAAUACAGGAUCCCUCUCCGAUGGCCGACUGGUCGGGACUUCAUAUGGAAGAACAACGUGAAGGUUUCCGGACAGGAGUUCUCCUUGGGCAGCUUAACAAAGAGGUGAGAACAGUUACUCGUAUAUGCUUAAUUUCAGAAAAUUGGGUGAUCAGUGGUGUUCUUCCAGGAUGAUGGUGGAGGAAGAACACAUAUCCUUCCACUCAGACUCUUUGAUGGUCGACGGUGUGGAGGACUAUUCCCAUCAGAUAGCAGAGAUGAUUGGGCUCAGGAACGACUCCAAUUUCAUUGAGGCCGGGGUAAGUCCGCCCGCUUGGUUUUCCUCUUUUGCUCAAAGGCUUUCUGCUUUCUGAUCUCUUUUUUGGUGGAGAAAUGACAAGGUAGAAGGCAAGGAAGAAACAAAUAAUGGAUCGUCCUGGGGACAUUUUGAAGCUCUUUUCUUCAAGCUACCUUGGAUUCUUCAAAAACGUUUCAUCUCAUUGAUGCAGGUUAGGACUGUCUUGGACAUCGAAUGCGGCUUUGGCAGCUUUGGAGCACACCUCUCUUCAAAACAGUUGUUGAUCAUAUGCCUUGCUGGUUAUGAGAUCUCCGGUAGUCAGGUCCAGUUGACUCUUGAGAGGGGUCUCCCUGCAAUUAUUGGCUCCUUCACGUCUAAACAACUGCCCUUUCCAGUUCUAUCCUUUGAUAUGGUCCAUUGUGCCCAGUGCGGGAUAGAAUGGGAGACAAAAGGUACAUGCUUAAAUUGGGAAAUUAGCCUCUUCUCAGUUAUUAUAAUCGUCCAUGGUGUGCAUGUGAAGUAUCCCUCCAGUUUAUCAUUCAUCUGGAGUUGAAUAUUUUGUGGAAAAUCUAGUUUAGUCUCUUAAAGCUGCUUCUACUUUACCUGGCCGUUCAUUCAAUAAUCCAUCAAGUUGAUCGCUUACUUGGAUUCAACCCUGCUGAUAUGACCCAAUCUGAUUACGGGCAAAAAAUCUAUGACCUGUGAGAUCUGAACACUUUUUGUGGAAGCUGGACAGGAAAAUUGACACGCCAGAACAAUGCAGAAACUCUAGAAUUUUUCCUAGUGAUCAUCAUUUACUUUUUAAGACUGGAUUCUUCCCUAUAAUUGGUUCUAUUCCUUGACCAAAUCAAACAGUGCUCUCUAACUAGGUGGUUAAAUCGUCUUUUAACUCGUGCCCAUGCAUUUACUUUCUGAUGGACGUUCUGCUCACGUGGCUGCAGAUGGUAUCUUUCUGAUUGAAGUUGACAGGCUUUUAAGGCCAGGUGGUUUCUUUGUCUGGACUUCAGCGUUGAAUACACACAGAUCGCUGCAAAGCAAGGAAAAUCAGAAGAAAUGGACGUUCAUACGUGAUUUUGCUGAGAGGUUAUGCUGGGACAUGCUGGCUCAACAAGAUGAGACAAUCAUCUGGAAAAAGACGAUAAAAAAGAAUUGUUACAGUUCUCGGUAUGAGAAUGAUAUAUCUAUCUAUAUUUAUUUUAUUAUCUUUUCCUGGAUUCGUUAAGUCGUCAAUUGAGAUGAAGAUCCGACUCAUAAGGUGACCUGAUGAUCUUUCAGGAAAUCUGGACCUAAUAUCUGUGGUAAAACUCAAGAUCCUGAAUCUCCAUACUAUGAAUCACUCCAUCUGUGCAUAGGUGGAACUCAUAGCCAACGGUGGAUUCCCAUUGAGAGUAGAACAGUGUGGCCUUCUCGGUCCAAGUUGAGCUCUGAUGAGCUCAGUGUCUACGGUAAUUUAUAUGAUUUGGAAUGGCAAUAGACACACACUAUAUUCCCCAGUUACGACUUUCCUGUUCUCACAGUUUAUCUUAACUAGGUGAUAAUUGUUUUUAUCCUCCAAUGCUCGUUUUUUUUUGUCAGGUGUGCACCAAGAAGACUUUUCUGAUGAUCUCAUGAACUGGAACUCUGUUGUCCGUAAUCAUUGGUCGCUGCUCUCACCUCUCAUAUUUUCAGACCAUCCAAAAAGGCCAGGGGACGAGGAUCCUUCCCCACCUUAUAACAUGCUCAGAAAUGUCCUAGACAUGAAUGCUCGAUUUGGUGGCUUUAAUGCCGCUCUACUUGAUGCCGGAAAAUCUGUAUGGGUCAUGAACGUAGUGCCUGUAAACGGUGUGAACUAUCUCCCCCUGAUCCUUGACAGGGGUUUAGUUGGUAUUCAACAUGAUUGGUACGUAUAAUUCUGUCUUAUCUAAAUGAAUUUAGAUUAUUGGGUCCGCUUCAAAGAUUAGGCGAAUUUAUUUUUCCUUCCUAGGAAAAUACGAUUAUCUUCUGAAACGCCAUAUGCAUAAUAUCUGCAGUUUUUAUCCUUCCCUUUGAGGUGACUUUUCUUUAUGCACUUCUACUGAGGUGAUCAACUUAUAAUCUGGUAAUUAUUUUCCAUCAGGUGUGAGGCAUUUCCAACAUAUCCGAGGACAUAUGAUAUGAUCCAUGCUGAUGGGUUGUUGUCACUUGAGGCACACCGGAAGCAGAAGUGCUCCCUGGUUAAACUAUUCGCGGAGAUUGAUCGGAUUUUGAGACCAGAGGUGCUUGUUAGGCCCAAUCUGAAAUGCUAACUAUUUUUUUUCGUUGGAUGUCUCUUCCUAGUAAUUUUUCUCGCCUAAUCUUAUGCUUGCUAUGGUAUCCUUGGGGAAAAUGUGGAGGUUUAUGCGAUUCAAAUGGUUCAUUGGGUUAUUACUUGGCAGACUAUGCUUUGGACAGCUUGUGGGAUUGCAAGAAUUUUUUUAGGGUUGUGUUCUGUUGACACUGAGGCAUAAGAGUAGGCUCUCCUUCAUUCUACUAAGUUCAUUAGAGCAUAUUUGGUAGUACUUUUUUACAAUAAUUGCUCUGAAUGUUUAUCUCGUAAUCCCUGCAAUAGAACCUUCCAAGGCAAUUGUUUGAUUUGUAGUCCUAUUGCUAUACAUCGAUUUCUCAUUAAAUUAUGACCCAUCUGCUCGGACCGACCAUUUAUUCUGUAGCCCUAAAUUCAUAAAUCAAUCUCUAUUCGAUGUAAUGGCCUUCUUCUCGAUAAGACUCUUCGAAUGACUCCUUUGAAAGAAAUCAGUAAUAUUGCUAUGUUUUUCACCAUUGUCAUCCCCAGCUGACCCACUCUCCCUUCUCUGGAGAUGAAUCAACUCUUCUGUGAAAGUUCUUUUGCAGAUCAGCCGGAGAAUUUGUCUCUGAAACCUAACCCAGGGGCGCUGGCUUGCUUUGGUGGUGUAAUUACUUCUCUAAUUAUUGUUCCCUUAUUCUUUCUCACUUGACUUGGUCUUAUUUUACUUCUACUUGCAUGAUUCGGUUCUUCAAGUGGGAAGCCUUGACCUCGUUGUGUAAUUAUAAUUUUGUGAUUACCUGUUAUGCUUCUUAUGCCUAUUUACACUUUUCUUCCUUCCUCGUGAGGAGUUUUAGUAUCAACUGAAAAAAUAUUGCUGAAACCUGACUGCUUUUACUGAUCCGAUGCCUAUUCUUGAAACAUGCUUCCCGAUUGAAGACUGCUUUGUUUAUGAUAGCUAGAUUCAGAUUGGCUCGUCACUUUCUUCGGAAUAUCUCCAGAGAGGCUGAAAGUGGCUCCAAUGCAGGGCUGGGUCAUACUCCGGGACACAGCGUCUCUCAUCGAGGAGACCCGCUCCGUCACGUCGCUGAUGAAAUGGGACGCCCGCAUGAUGGAGACCGACGUCAACAGCGACGAGAGGCUCCUCCUCUGCCAGAAGCCCUUCAUAAGGAAACAGCAGUAA